UUUUUUCUCUCUUGCAUUCAACCAACACUUCCUUGCAACCGAUUCCUGUCACAUAUCAUUUAUAAAUUCGCCACAAUACACCGAUGUACAGGCACUACAUAGUAAAGUGUAGAGUAUCAAUGUCAAAUUCAUGAAAUGACUCACCAAAAACCAUCAUUCAACAGGCUCUCGAUUGAACAAGCAGCAGCAAUACGAAUGCCAUCUUCAUUCAUAACAGCAGCACGAUCGAUACCUUUGUCUUCGGCCAGCAGCAUUUGCAGAAAGUCACCAACAUUGUGGGAUACCGGUCGUAGUGCAAAUUGACAUUUUUCAUUUCGACUUGGCAAUGGCACUGUCACAUGCGGUAAUCCUCUAAUGUACUUAACCGUUACUUCUGAAAAUAGACCAAAUCAAAUAAUCCAAAUUAUUUUUCAAAACCUUUUAAAUUGCAUAAUUUUAGAGUGUGACGAGUGAUUGUAUUGAUGAGCGGCCAUUAACCCAGUUUUAUCUGUGCAUUUGACUCUUUGACUAAUGGAUAAUGAAUGAAAAUUGAGUGAGUUUCAGGUGUUGUGUCGGAAACUUUCAAUCAUUUCCAUUUGACAAAUGUGUAUGCUUCCAAUGAAAAUCCCAUAUGACUUUCAAUUUUUUCGAACAUUUUCUGAAACCGAUACGGAAAUAAACACGUAGAAUGCCAUCAAUUGGUCUUUCUGACACGUGAAAUAUUUUAUGGAUGAAAAUAGCAAUAAAUUCGAAGAAAUUAUUCAUCCUUCUUCGAAAAUGUUCCGCAUUUCCGAUUUUGCCCAACUCCCUCUGAAUUCUCUUUUUCUGUCGUUGCCGUUGCCGUUGCCCUUGAUUGCGACGUUUCAAAUGCAAAGAGAGUGAACCCUGUCAAUUAAAUUUCUUGCUUCGACACAGACAUGGUCAUAUUUGGUAUGAAAAAUCGGAAAAUGCUCGAUUGCAUGUAAUACCAAGGGAAUUUUGAAAAUGUUACUAAUCAAUUGAAAUUGGAAUUAUAUAUUGAGAAAUGAAGUAUUCGGUGCAAAGAAAAAACAACAACAAGAGUUUUUUCUGUUAGUGUUUUUAUUUCUUUUUCAAUUACUUAUUAGUUCGUCUGCUCAGUCAGUAACGGCAAGUGUUUUAAUCAAAUAAAAUAUCUUGCCCGCUUUCGUGGUUUUCGGAUUGAUACAUUUAGCUUAGAUGCUAAAACUGCUCUCUACUGUUGGUUUAGCCGCGAAGAAGAAAAAGAAGGGAAGAAAAGGCAGGCAAAUCGCACGCACAUCCAUAUUCAUAUACACGAAUUGUUCAUUGCAUCGUUUUAUUUUCCAUUGGGUACACAACCAAUUUAAUAUUUUCUAUAACACAUAUAGAAUCAAUUGAAUGCGAAUAUGAUAUUCGGUGCGCAAAACUAUUACCGAGAGAGCGUAAUGUAUAAGUGAUGCGGCUUUUAUCGUUGCUUCCAUUGUUGUGUGUGCUGAAUUUAUGUUUUUCUUUCCAAACAUUUUUCUUGCUGUUGCUGUUGCCGUUGUUGUUGUUUUAUUUUUUCGUCCAUUUUUCGCCACACUUUGUGUUGGACAAAGCACUUGCUGAUCCCAUUCCGUUGCACACACAUACAUUUUCUCUCAGUUGAACAUUAACUGAAGUAGUGCACAUAGUUAGCACAACAUUCAGUGCGAAAAUCUGUUCAGUCUGCAACCAAUUUGGCUACGCUACUGUUGGUCUAUGUGUUCGCUCUCAUUGCUUUCGCCGUUCGUUGCUUUGUAGUACUUGAGGCGUCAAACUGAUGUACGCUAAGCGUGUACAUUGUAUGUAAGUAGCUGCAUUUUCUUGGUGCAUUUUACCAGAGAGCACUUGACAGCACGCAGCUGUAUUGCAGCAGUGCACUGUUCAACAUUGCACCGCAAAAUCAUAAUACCACAACCAGAAUGCAAAUUGAACAGAACAGUCUGAUAGUAAUUAGAUGAGAAGAGAAGUCCAUGGAAGAGCUGAGAGUGUUUAGUCCAUUGAGCAUGUAAAAACGGUAUCAAACACUAAACGUUAAGGUAUAUCGCCUGUGGAAUGAUUCUCGGUGUUAAAUUAGCUAUUACAGCGAUUAUAGGAAUUCCAUUUGGAUAUACCGAAGCACGUUCUAGUACACAUAAACACACACACGCACAUUAACUCACUUCAGGCAAGUUUACACUGGACAAUGUUGUAAAGAACGCCAAAGGAAUUCUUGUGCACACAUAAAGGAUAUAUACAUCCAUUGCAUCCAUGUCCAUUUGACCAUUAUUAUCAAUUCGAAAAAGCAUCACAUACCAAACGUAUCGUAAACCAACAGCACACAAUUUUCCAUUUUUACAAUCUAGUAUCGGAUAUUCUCCCUAAAUACCGAUCAUUUCACAAUCAUGUCGAUUGGAAUAGGUUUUUGCGCUCAUGAACAAUUGAAUGAAAAUAAAUAUUGGCACAAAUAAAAUCUUCAAAAUCGCAAAAAUAAAGAAGCAGAUGCGAAAGUAAACUCAUUUAAUAACAUUAUUAAUAUUUCUGUUUCGAGAACUGCACAUGCAUUUCGAAACAUCGUUUUAGUGCGCAGCAAUGAUAAUUGAUCAUCUUGAGCACACUGUAUACUGUUCCAUAAAUCCUAUAGAGCAUUAAAAUUAUGUUAUGCGCCCCUCACUUAUUCAUUUAUUCAUACAUUUGUUAUUUUUUUUUUUCUGUUCGAGUUUUUUCUUAACUGUUUUCCACUGUGAGUGAGCGUGUGUGUGUGUUUCAUUUCUGCUAAAGCGGGUAAUUUUUGUUUCGUUUCUGUUUAGGUUACGGUUUUUUUAGAAUUAGGCAUGAAAAGCACGCAAAUAUCACAUAAAAAUCCGAAUAGCAUUUCUCACUUGCGUCGAAAUUUUUUUUUUUCUAUGUAGGUACAUUACUGGAGUUUUUAUUAACUGUACUCGAAGAUAUGCAACUACUGGGUUGAAAAAAAAAAAAAAACAAGCUGACAACAACAUAUUGAUAAAUGAUCUCAUAAAAACCGCUCACUGAACAUUUUGGUCUACCGCUUGAUGGCAACGAAUGUUUCGGGUCGCUUUGGAAUCUCUUUAAAGUGGUUCGGGACAGAGUAAUGGUUUUUGUAAUGGAGGCACUCGAAUGGGAUAUAUGCAAGGAUCACAGACACGUAGCAAGUAUAAAAAUACUGAUUCAGCACAAAACCACGUCGAUCGUGUUCGUGUGCCCGAUUCAAAUUGUCAAUUUGGUGGACCUGGACGUGGUUCCGGUUGGCGUCAUCGUUCAUUAUCCAACAUCGAUUUAACCUCGCAAAGCAAACACUCGUUUACUAAACAAACUAAAGGGUACACAUCCAGCCUGUACGAUUUAUACUCACGCUUAGAAGCCAGAAAAGAUAAAAACGAUUUGGAAAAUUUGUAUGGAAAUACAAACGUAAAUAGUGCUGAAAAAGUUGAAUCAAUAUAUGACCGUAUUGAGCAAACUUUGGACACAAUUAACAAAUCGGAAUCGUGUAGCUUGCGUCGUACCAGAAGUUUGGCUGUUAUACGCGAAGAGACAUUCAACGAUUUACAAAUUGGUGGCGGCAUCCGAUCAAGACGCUCACAAUUGAUACCACGUGCUAAGCUGUUGAACCGCAGCUUUUUCCAAAAUCGCAACAGCAGCACCAACAACAGUAACAACAACAAUAACAAUAACAACACCAACAACAUCAUCAGUCGGAAGAAGUAUCGUGGUGAAGACGAUAGCGGCAGCGGCGUUGAUACACAAACGUCGGAAACACGCGAAUCAGACGAUUACUGUGGCAAUUUAAAGAAGCUUCAAGGAUCGCAAAUCAUUCAAAAGGGUGACCAAAAGCUAUUGCCAGCAUUGUGGGUGAACGAUAAAAGCGAUUUGGAUAGUCUUGAUUCGGAUUAUUUCAAAAAUUCAUUACAUCAAUUGGAUGGUAGUGGAAUUUAUUCGGCAUAUGAGGGAAAUGGCAAGGAUCCGUAUACGGGACGAGUAAUUGGAACGCCAGACAUAUCAGUUCAAAACGGUUAUAUUGACGAUAAUUUGUCACUGCGUUCGGAUACACAAGAGCAAUCACCAUUGCCCGACUACUGCACAAUCAAAACCGACGAAAUUUAUUCAAACAAUAAAUUUGUUAGCGCUGAAGAUGUAUCGGUCAUUCAUGUGAAUGGUGGCGUCGAUACGAACACAUUCAAAGCGAAACGAUCGAAUGGACCAUUGAUUAUUUGCGAAAACGAGCAAGCAGAGAAUCGUCGCAUCUCGGAUAUUGUUAGCAUUGAUGAGAUUGAAUCAGAUCGAAAACCGAAAUUCCGAGAAGACCAUAAAAGUGUAAUAUCGUAUGAUUCAAUUUAUUUGUCAUCGGAAGGUAGCAACGAGGCCGCAACAAUUGUCGAAGAAGAGGAAAAAAUUAAUGAAUACCUUUCCGAUAAUAAUUAUAGUACGCUGAGUGAGUAUAUGAAUACAAAGAAAGAUAUAAAACCAACCGUAGCGGCAGCAAUAGCAACCACGACCGAACCGAUUGCAAAAGACGACGGUGACAAUUUGUACAGUCAAAUUAACAAAAUUCCACUAGCCAAAAGCAACGAAGGAGGAGGCGAAACGAAAACUAAACUCACCACGUUCUCGGAUAUAUCGAAUCGAGGUACGUUAGAGCGACUCACAUUCAUUUCAUCGGGAAGCGCUUCGCACAACGAAGUCAAUAAAAAAGUUGAAAAGCCGACAGUUGCUCGUGAAGCAGCUAUUGAAAAUCAGUAUUGUUCGUUGCCGUUGGCUAAUAUUAGCAGAAGUCUUCAAGCAUCCGAACGUAUUGAUGCAAAACUUCGAUUGUCUUGCUAUCCGUUGGAAGAGCAAACGAAAAUUUACGAUUCAAUUACAAACUUUGGUCGUGCACACAAAAAACUUCGCCAGCGCGAAUCAUACGAACCCUCACCACCAAAUCCAAUACCAAUUGAAAAGGAGGCCAAAUCGAAGGAGCCCAUUUUUAUUGAAUUCACUAUACAAAACAACAACACCAACAAUAACACCAACAUCAACACCGCUAACCAUAAAAACAUACGAAACCACCACGUAUCGAAUCCAAUUGGUGACGUAGUGGCUGCCGCGACAAAAACCAAUUCAACGGCCAAUAUCACCGAUGCCGAUGAUUUGAGUCACCUAGUGAAAAUAGACGAGGAGGAAAGUGUCUCGCUAUUCUCAGCGGAAUUGAAUGAAGUGGAAAAUUUGAGUUCGAAGAAUUGUGAAAUCGACGAAAUACGCGAAAAACCGAGAAACAUUUCAUUGCCGGCACAUUCAAAGCCAAUUGAAUACAGUAGCUCGCCCGACAUUCAAAUCUCAAGAGAUCGAACCAUUGAGGAAACAGUCGAUGUGCCAGCUGUUAAAGUAAACCGAAACGGACACAAAUCAUAUCAAAAAUCACAUUACUCAAAACGCCAACACUACGGCAAGAGUGGUGAACGCUACGGUGAUAGUCGUGAUCGCUUGAAUGCCAAUUUGAAAGUCAAUCUGUCGAACACACUGAAGCGACGACUUGAAAGCAAAACCAAGCACAAUCUCAACGAAAAAUUGACCCGAAAUAUCGAUAAGCCAAAACAUCACCGAAACCCCCGAGUCCAACAGGCAAUUAUCGAAAACAUCAAAACACACAUUGUUCAACCGAAUUUCAACAUGUCGCGGCCCCAAAUAAUGCACGUGAUUGAUUCGAAACGCAAUCUACCGAAAUCAGCGUUGAAGAAUAGCAAAGAGAACAAAGAAAAUGAAAUGAUCAAUGUCAAUACAACGGUGACCGGUCAAGCGAAACAUGAAAUGCUACGCAAGGUGGAUUCGGUACGAAGCUAUUGGUCAAAAUUAAUAGAUACGGCCGAGGAUGAUGAUGAUAAAGUGGACGGUGUUGUUGAAAAAACAACGGAAAAUCCUACCAACAAGCAUACAAAAACAAUAGCAAAAGCAAAAGCAAAGGCAAAACCAAAAGCAAACACGUGCAUUGGCGUAAAUAGCACGAACUCAACACUGAAUCGCAUCGUUGAUAUGAGCAAAUCCACAAAAUCUGGUACGAAUGUUGAGGAAAUGGUCUUAAAACCACCAACCAUAAGCGUGUCGAAUAAUACAUUACGAAGAGCUGCUUCAGCCGCAUCCGGAUUACAUUCAUUGUUAUAUACAGAUCGUGACGAGCUAAACAGUUACACACCAUCGGUGGAAAUCGUUGAGCUAGACGACCAAAAGCAAGCUGCUAUCGUUAAGGUGCAAGGCGUUGAUGCAGAGGAUUUCGACCAUGUGCGAUACAAAGUUAUGAAAACCGACACAUUCCAGAAAAACUUAUUAAAUCAAACACGCAAAGAGCCGCCGUUGGACGGAUUGCUACAAUAUUUGAACGACUAUCGUUUCCAGGAACUAUUAACCCAGAAUAAUGUGGUCAUCAUUGAGCCAGUGCGAACGAAAAUCGAACCAAUAUCGAGUAAGUCACAUGAAUCGCAACUUUUGACAUGCAAAGUUACAGCUGGUGCUGGAAAAUCAAGUGAUGGUGGCAAAGGUGGACUGAGAAAACAUUUUUUUUAUCAUCCGAUUCGAGUGAAUAAAGAAUUGAUAGAUGAAGAGCUGCCCACACCGGACACCGUUCGUAAAGCAAAAAAACUGUUCGAGGAAACGUUGCUGCUGUGCCCGAUGAAAGCGCAAAAGUCGAGAAGUAUGAUUGGAUUGAAUGAAAAUUGUAAAAGUAUCGAUCGAAAGUAUUUGACCUUGGAAACAUUCAACAACGGGCCUACCAAAAGCAAUGGCAAACACAGUUUGAAUAGCAGCGGCGUUAUUUACAGUGCAACGGGAAAUGUUUGUAAUCGUAUUAAAAAAUGGGAUUCAUCCAGCCUGUCAAGUGGAAUAUCUAGCGGUGAUUUGAGCUCACCUUGUGACUGCAACGAUAACGAUGACACAAAAAUGAUGUCCAACGAGAACGCCAAUGAACUGUGCGAAUCGUACUACGUAAGCCAGGAUAUACUGGAAAAGAUUCGUGAGUGCGGUUCAUCGGUAACGUAUUACGGCGGCCGUGUGCUGAACAAUCAAUCACCCGAAGUAAGCCCAAUGACAAAAGCUAUAAUGCGGGAAAUUCACAGUGAUAAUAACAUUUGCGAAGUUUGUCACCCGAACAAUGCUCUACACGCGAACAGAUUGUACACGAGUUUCUGUGAUGCGGAUAAAAAUCAUUUGGGUAUGAAAUUACGUUUAAUAAAGUCAAACAGCUGCAACAGUCGUUUGGAAUUGGCCGGAACGCGUUUUAAUGAUGGGCCAUUACACAAGUUCUGCUCAAGAAAUCGCAGUAUUUCGAAUACCGAAGACACGGUUCGAAAUAUCAUUCAACGAAUUGAAACGAAUGCAAUUCAAGACAAACGUGUACCACGUAUCAUUGAAUCGAAAUGUAUUGAGAAGGCGGCGGCCGAUGCAUCAAAGCCAAAAUCACAUGCGGCUUAUCGGAAGGAAGAUUUGACUGGAUUGUCAAAAUCAAUGGACCGUUUGGGCCCGAUGGAAAUUUUAUCACAAGUCAGUGUGAAAAAUCACAUAAACGCGAUAGGUAUGAAAGCGCAUAGCAGUAGCAAUAUCUCUGCUAAACCAUCGAAGGAAAUUUUACUACCACGUAAUAAAGAUGUUGAUCUUGCGCUUCACAUGAAUAUCAAAGCGAAUAAAGAGAAAGACAAAGUUAAAUCGGCAUCACGAAAAGAAUCAUUUAAUGGGAAAAACGGCGGCGACGGCGGUGAAAUUCGUUCAGGAAAAACUACAGCGACUGUUCGACCAACAUCGAUGCUCACCAAAGCUGAACUGGAUGAACGACAGCUUUUGAAGGAAAAUCACAAAGCAAUCUUAGAAGAUUUGUGCAAGGCAGUUGCCAGAUCGGAAGAGGAGAAAAGCAAGAAAAACAAUUUGGUGAAAUGGGAUUCGCUUGAGAAAAACUAUUUCGCAAAUGACAUGGCAUUGAAACGCAAGCCAAAAUACGAUGACAUUGAGUUCGAAGAAUUCGAAGUAAUCGAACCAAAAAAAUAGACCAAAUAAAAAAAAGGGACACAAAUAUGUAUUGCUCGGAAUUUCUAAAUGCAACGUCUAAUAUUUAACUUGUUAAGCAUUUACCGCCUAAAGUUUAUUUGUUGCUAUUGUUUCUUCUGACGGCCAAAGAGUGUUCAUCAGUGCCUAAAAACACAAAACUAACACAGCGAGCAGCUACAGUAAUUAUGGGAAUUUGCCGUAUUGAUUUUUCUUUAUUUUUCAAUUUCACGCAUUGGUAUGUAAAGUAACCAAUUUAAUCGGCGUUGAAAAAAAAAAAAAAAAACAAAAGAACAACAAACAAUAGUACAUGGAACGAACGAAACAUACUUAAAAUUUAAUCACCAAUCAUUUAUCGUUUGUUCUAUAUUUUUCAUUUCACGCCUUCACGUCUGUAUUUUAUAAACAAUUAUUCGAAUAUUUUCAGCGUCGUUGUGGUUGCGGCUGAAUUAGAAAAGUGCAUGUUCUCGUUGAACGGCUCUUUGUACUUGAUUGCUAAGAUUGUUGUUGAUAAAAUAAAAUAGGAAGGAUUUAUUCAUUUUGAGAAGUAAAAAACAAGCGCAGAGCAAAAAGAAAGCAUACACUUAUGAUUUAUUUUAUGAAUUAAUUUCUUUAUAGUCUACUGAUUUAUAUUCAUUGUAUAAAAAUUGGAUGCAACAAUUAAAAAAAAAUAAUAAUCAAUAUAAUGUUAUAUUGCUAAUUCAACUUUAAAAUAUACAAUAAAGCCUAUGGACCGAA